GAACACCUGAAGCUUGACUGUGUUCACAGGGACCAUGCUCCUUCACUGGUCAGUGAGUCUGUUGGUCCUGCUGGCAGGCCUCCGGCCCGGUGUCUCAGAACACCCCCCGCUCCCACCUGAGGUCUCCCAGCACAAUGGCUCCCUGUAUGCUGCCUGCGAGGUGAGACCCAGCACCUCACUCCCCGAGGAGGCCCCCCUCAAAGUCCACGGUCAGGUUCUGUUCAAACAGGAGCCUCAAGGAAAACUCCAAGUCCUCUUCAGCUUCAGUGGCUUCCCUGAAGAGGGCCCUCCAGAACCCAGAGCCGUCCACAUCCAUAAGUAUGGAGACCUGAGCCGGGGGUGUGACUCCACCGGGGGCCACUACAACCCUCAUGUUGUGGAUCACCCCGGUCACCCAGGAGACUUUGGCAACUUUGUGCCUCAGCAAGGAAGGAUCAGUGCCCUGCAGGAGUCUGAGGCCACGCUGUUCGGGCGGCUGUCUGUGCUCGGGAGAGCCGUGGUGCUUCAUGAGGACGUGGACGACAUGGGGCAGGGGGGGGACGCCGGCAGCCUGUUGCAUGGCAAUUCAGGCCGGAGGCUGGCCUGCUGCGUGAUUGGGAUUUCCUCCCCCAGCAUGUGGCAAACACAACACGAGCUGUUCACUCAGCAGCUCCUCUGAGGUGGGACGUUCUGCUCAGAUCUGUCUUCAGCUUCAACAGUUUGUUCCUGCGUCUAAUAAAGAUUUACA